UGGCUUGUUGUCAGAGGCCCCCGAUGAAAAGCUUUUCUUCGUGGACACUGGCUCCAAGGAGAAAGAGCUGAAGAAGAAGAGGACCAAAGUCCAGAAGAAGUCAUUGCUUCUCAAGAAACCCCUUCGGGUUGACCUCAUCCUUGAGAACACAUCCAAGAUCCCUGCCCCCAAAGACAUCCUUGCCCACCAGGUCCCCAACGCCAAGAAACUCAGGCGGAAGGAACAGCUAUGGGAGAAGCUGGUGAAACAGGGCGAGCUGCCCCGGGAGGUGCGCAGGGCACAGGCCCGGCUCCUCAGCCCUUCCACGGCCAAGCCCAAGACUGGGACCCAGGACACUGUUGAGCGACCCUUCUAUGACCUCUGGGCCCCGGACAACCCUCUGGACAUGCCAUUGGUUGGCCAGGAUGAGUUUUUCCUGGAGCAGACUAAGAGGAAAGGAGUGAAGCGGCCACCGCAUCUGCAUACCAAGCCCUCCCAGGCACCUGCUGUGGAGGUGACGCCUGCUGGGGCCUCCUACAACCCAUCCUUUGAAGACCACCAGACCUUGCUCAUGGCGGCCCAUGAGGUUGAGCUUCAGCGGCAGAAGGAGUCAGAAAAACUGGAGCGGCAGCUGGCCAUGCCCAUUGGGGAGCAGAUGGCCACCCAGGAGUCUGUGUUCCAGGAGAUGUGUGAAGGGCUUCUGGAGGAGUCGGAUGGGGAGGGGGAGCCGGGCCAGGGUGAGGGGCCUGAGGGUGAGGAGCCUGAGGCCGGAGGAGCCAAGGCAUCGUUGGCACCUGCCCGCCUUGCCCCUGCGGAGAAGAAGACAGAGCAGCAGCGGCGGCGGGAGAAGGCUGCCCGCAUGCUGCGGGCACAGCAGGCCGUGGUGCGGGCUGCCCGGCUGCGGCACCAGGAGCUCUUUAGGCUGCGUGGGAUCAAGGCCCAGGUAGCCCAGCGGCUGGCAGAGCUGGCGCGGCGGAAGUGGCAGAGGCAGACACGGCGGCUGGCCGAGGCCAACAAGCCCCGUAGGCUGGGGCGGCUCAAGUAUCAGGCUCCCGACAUCGAUGUGCAGCUCAGCUCGGAGCUAUCUGACUCUCUAAGGACCCUGAAGCCUGAGGGCAAUAUUCUCCGAGACCGGUUCAAGAGCUUCCAGAGGAGAAACAUGAUUGAGCCUCGGGAGAGAGCCAAGUUCAAGCGCAAGUACAAAGUGAAGCUUGUGGAGAAGCGGGCGUUCCGUGAGAUCCAGCUAUAGUCACUGCUGGAUGCCGGAGCCCCUAACUUUCAAUAAAGCACUUUCUGACAGCUUA